AAAGAGUGUUUUCUGCAAAUCAAGUGUUAGCCAGGCCUCCCUUGUUAAAAAAAAUUAUUAACGUUGCUAGGGAACUUUCAGCCAGCCGCCAUAUUGAACAAGGAUUGUAUAUACUUGUGUUCUUGUAGACAGCUCUACUUGUAUUAUUUUCUAUUUACCGAUACGUAAAGUGAAAAUGAUGAAGUCCCUUCAAGGGGGUGCCUUGAUGCCGGUAAAGAGCUCUGCAUUCAACGUCUGACGUUCCAUCUCGUAGGAUGGCUAGAGAGACCUGUCUACCGUAUGGAUUCCAACGUGGUAGAACAAAUGAUCUCUCGAACGUGCAUGAGCGAGUCAAGGCACUGUACCUCACAGGGCAAUUUUCUGACCUGACCAUCCGCUUUCAGGGUAGGAAGGAAACCAUCAAAGCUCAUCGCUUAAUUCUUGCAAUGACCUCGCCUGUUUUUGAGGCUAAGCUGUUUGGCCACACAGCUGUGGGAGGAGAGCUUAUUCUCACAGAGGACUCGCCUGAAACUUUCAGUUGGCUGAUGGAGUAUAUGUAUUUUGACCAAACACAGUUCCCCAGUACAAACAUGGCCUUAGAAGUCAGUUAUCUAGCAUGCAAGUACGAGAUGAAUGUGCUGAAAUAUGUAUGUUCAGAGUACCUGAAGAGAGUCUUGAGUGAUACCAACUAUCUUAUGGUUUACAAUGCUGCUGUGCAUUUGGACAAUCCUGAUCUUAUCAACAAAUGUUCCAAGAAAAUGUAUGAGACUUCUGGGGAUGUGUUUUCAACUCAGCGUAUUACCCAGUUGAGUCGAUGGGCAUUGCAACACCUUUUGGAGCAGCCUUUCAUAAACAUUGAUGAGGUUGUAGUCUUUUCUGCUGUUUUGUCAUGGGGGCGACAUCAGCUAGGACUUCGGAAUACCGGAUGUUCCAAGCGAAUUUCAGGGGGAAAUCAAAGAUUUCUCCCUAUCUUCGGUUUUGACAUGUCUACUGAUGAAUUUGUGGAAAAUGAGCCCCAAAACGGAAUUUUCAGCCCAGAAAAAUAUGCGCCAUUUUUUCGCCACAAAAAGAAAAAGGGCCCCCCUGACCCAAAAAGCCGGGCCCAAUAA